AUUUUGAUCGAAGAAAUGUCUUCUCAAGAAUCCAAUAAAGGUUCCUCAAACGGCUCGUCUGAUCCAUAUUCUACUGGAACCAAUUCUCAAGGCAAUCACUGGUGCCACCGAGGUCCCUCUGAAGCAAUGGGUGGCAAUUAUCACUAUUCCAAUAGAGAUUCAUCUUACUAUUACCAGAAUCCUGAUGGUUCAACUUAUUAUAAUAAUGGUCAAGGAGGUGCAGUAUAUACUCCACCUUCCCAAAAUCCUAGAGCCAAUAAUUAA